UCAUAUGGAGACCCGACUGUUGUGUUAAGACACACAUGUGGCACAAUUGUGAACCUAUCCAUUAAUGCAUUAGCAACAAUAGUCCAAUAAUUUAAUCUAUAACAAAGUCCAUCUGUCUGCAUGCAGGACUCUUACUUGUAAAAGAGCAUUUUUACUACUUUAUGUAAAAAAAAACGAUUCUUCACCUUUUGGGAGGAACAGCUGGGCUAAACAGGGGCCCAGCAGCUCACUUUUGUCCCUAGGGCCCCUGUAGUAAAUAAAUCCGGUCACGUGUAGGCUAAAUCCAAAAUGAUUAGGAUGCAUGUCAGUCUUGUCCAACACACUGCAUGCCUCCCAAUGAGGUAAUGUCAUUGUAAGACAGAGAAGUGAAACUCAGUUAGCUCCAUGUUAGCACAAUGCUAAAUAGCAUACUGCUAAUACAAGAGAGGCACACAGUUGUAUUAAACUGUUGUCGGGACUCAGUCAGUGCUGCUAACUCUUCACUUUUAUGUUUGGAGACAACAGCUCGCUAGCGAGUAGAUGGAUUUAUUUUGAAAGACAGACGGGGUGAACGGCAGGCUGCAGACGCUUCUUCUAACGGUGACGGGCCAUUUAUUAACCGCUGUAUUCUCGCUUCGGACACUGUGUUUGUGUGUGUGAACACCGGAGUCAUGGCUGAACGCUCUCUGUGGUUUGUGUGUGCUCUGCUGGCGCUGCUGCUCCCGCUGGAAGUCCUGUCUCAGGACUUCGACCUGGCGGAUGCUCUGGAUGGUGAUAAAGAUGACAGUAAAUCAUCAGUGACCCCCUCCCCAAAGCCAGCAGCACCAGCAGGUGGACCAGGACGAGAGCUUGAUCUUGAAGACUUCUUUAAAGAUGAUGGCCCCACCACCACCACCACCACCAAAGCUCCACCCAAGGUUGUGCCUAAGCUCCCCACAGGCACCAAGGCCCCAGUCAAGCCCAAACCAAAGCCAGCUGCUGAUGAGUUUGACCUGGCUGAUGCCUUGGACCCCAACAAUGACAUUGGUGGCAAGGAUAAGAACAAGGGGCAGGGAGGUGGAUUUUCUGACAGUGAUCUGAUUGACGUUGGGAAAGACGACACCUACAAACCUGACAAAGGCAAAGGUGGACGUCCCAGUGGUGACAGUGAUCUGAUUAAUCAAUAUGAUGACAACAAUGAGACCACAGCAGAGGUGGGAACCAUUGCAGGGAUUGUUAGUGCUGUUGCCAUGGCGCUGGUGGGUGCAAUCAGCAGCUAUAUCUCCUACCAGAAGAAGAAGCUGUGCUUCGGUAUGCAACAGAGUCUGAACGCUGACAUGGUGAAAGCUGAGAACCCUGAGGCUGUGGUGGCUACAGAACCCCAAGUCCAACAGACUCUCCUGGAGCCACCCAGUGCUGAACCUCCCACUGCAGAGAAUGCUGUGGAGCUGAACGUCCAGUGAAUCAGAAGGAGGAUAAGGAAGCUUUUGGAGAAUAUCUGAGUCCCUGGGCAGAGCUACCGAUCGCACCAGUGAGAACCUUGACACAUGCCCAGUGUGUUUUUUUUUCAUGGUGGUUUUUAAUAUGAGUUGAAGAUGUGAAGUGUAAUCAGGAAUUUCCUGACUUUAACUGGAAUGCACCAGUUCUCAGUUUUCCCGCUUUGACACAUCACAUCACAUUGGUUUGUUUGUUGAUGCACAAUGAUGGAAAUAAGAAAACAAAAAAAAAACAAAAAAAAAAAACCAGAGUAAAUGAAGAACAUUUGACAAUAUUCCUAAUAGAUUUCUACUUUGAAUAGAUUUCUAUUCAAAGUCUUGUAGCCACUGAUUAUGUUAUCACUUGUGAAAUGUGAUAAAAUGCAGAUAAUGUAAUAAUCUGACAUUACAGUAGCCACUUACUGAUAAGAAAAGUAACAUGUUAAACUGAGGGUGAGGCACAUACAACUGGAGUUACUGCAUGUAACAAUACUAAUAUCAACUAAUGUCAUAAGUUUCCCUUAUUCCUACAAAAUGUGACAUUUUAUUCCGUUUUCAGUUGACUCUAUUAUUAUGAGUGUUAUCUAUUAACAAUCAGUGAUCAGUGACAACAGGCUUCAUUACAUUUGGUACCUGCUUUGUCCUCUGAUACGUUUUUACUAUUAGUUAGUUAUCCACUAGUAGACAAAGGUACACACUCAUAGAACCAAAGUUACGACAGGUAACUGCUGUUUACAUCAUGUGACAGUUACAUCAUUAGUCGCUACAUGCUACUCCAUCUCAACCCUCCUCUUAUUGUCUAUCUUAAUGUACAAAGUUGCCUUAUUCAGAUUGGGAUCUUUUUGCAGUGGGGGAAAAUUAAGGCGUCAAAAUUUUUCUGUCUACUUACAACCUGUGACUUUUUAUAGUGUAAAUAGCCUAAUAUGAAAUGUUUUUUCAACUAGCCUUUAAUGACACUAAUGAAGGAAGCCUGGAGAAGCUUGGUUUUCCAAAGUGGUGAUGGUAAAACAACUGUAGUGAGAACAGUCAUUAAUCUACCAGACUCCUCCUGGUAAAAGUUCAGCCCUGUAACACUCACAGUUCAGGGUCUUCACUGUAGCACCAAAUAUGAAUCAUAAACAAGGACUCACCACACUUGAUGUAGCAAAAAAAAAAAAUGAUGCUAGCUAAAUCAGUUCCUCUGCAGUUUAAGCUUAAAAAUGCAGUGUGUGCUCUUCUUUCUCAACUCAUUUGAAAGGGAUCUUCUUCUUCAGUGGUGAAGUAUUUGAAAAAGAGAAAACCACAGCACUUUGUUUGGAAGAAUCAGGCUGUGAUGAGGCUCAUGGACAAGGCAGAAAAUAUGUGAAAUGUGACUUUUGUUGAAGAAAGUAAUAUACUAGCUUAUAUUGUUUGGUUAUUUAUGUCUUAAUUUUGAGGUGCCAUGUUUUUUUGGAACAACUCCAAAUUGAUCCUUUCUCCCACAGUGGCCACUUUGAAUUUACAUGUAGUGAGAAAUUCUACUGGGAAGACUGGGAUAUGUAUAAAAAUAGCUCUGCGCCAGACAGCUAUCAACUCCCAAGCAUUUUGUAAGCCUCAAGAAGAAAUUGAUAAAGACAACAAAUUAAAGUCUGUGGAAUUUUCUUGUUAGUUUUUCUCACCAAAUACAUUAUGUGUUUCCUUUAGUCCUAAAAAAAACAUUCAGAUUUCUCCAUAGCAACACUUUGGUCAAAAACUUCAUUACUCCUCCUCUAAUUACCAGUACAAAACUAGGGAUAAGAUAUUAUAUUAUAUAAUUCAAUGAUAAUGUUAUUAAAUAUAAACAUGUGAACUCAGUUAUCUAAAAUUAGUCAGUAAAACCAAUUUAUUUCUGAAAUGUUUUUGGUUCGGAAUCAGUGAAAUUAUUAAAAGUUUGUCCAGUUUUUUACAGUCCUGUAAUAUGAAUUUUGACAUACAACAGUGGGACAUAAAGAUUUAGUAUAAUAGUUCUGUAAUAGAUAUUGCUUUUGUGAUGUGCUUAUUUAAAGCUCCUACAUGUAGCAUUAUUCUGUGUCUUCUUAGAUAUUAGAAUGCUCUAAUCCUAGACAGGGGCUUUCACGUUUUUGAUGAUGUUAAGACCUCAUUAUGCUUCAAACACACUAGACUGUUUAAGGUUUUUAAAGGCAAGUAUAUAUACUUGUUCUGAUUGGCUACACUUGAAGGCAGAAUGAAAAGCUUGCUGUCAUGCCUCCUUCUGACUGCAUCACACUGCCUCCCUGAUCUCCCUCCCAGGAGCUCUGUCUUUAGGUCGUCUUUGUAGUUUUACACAAAUAUGGAACAAACCUUCCAGUUAGUCGGAGGCCUUCAUGGUGUCGCAGUUGUUUGUACUCACAAAAAGUCUUGUCAGCUUCGUUUGCAGCAUACUGAGGUCUUUACUAUGUUUUAUUUUGUCCUCUCCCUGUAGCUUGGUAGAGUUCAAAUUAGCUGCCACAGGAAUAAAAAUACAAGGGUUGAAGUUUUAAUGGAGUGGCGGUAUUGAUGCGAUGUCAGAGCAUCAAUGACAGACGUAUGAAGUGGAAGAGGAGUCGGCACUGCCACAGAGAUGAUACUGAUUACAAUAAUAUGCAUUUCAAAAAAAAUAGAAGUCUGCUUUAGCUGUGUAGAUGAAGUUAGAUAGCGAUAGGAUGUUGAAGUAUCGUGACGAGCGUUUUUGGACAGUUGUGAUGGUUGUACAUAUUACUGUGAGCAGUUCUGUGUUUGUACUCUUAGCAUUAGACUAUACUCUUUAGUGUGUGUGUGUGUGUGUGUUUACACUCUAGCCUGCUCUUUUUACACUUUGUACCCAACUGACUUUUCCUAAUAACUCAGCUUAACUUUUUGUAGCUAGAUACUGCUUCCUGGUGAGUGAGUUUGUUCUGUAUUGCCAAUGUUUUUCCUAAAGACUCCUGGAAUCUCAUUUGUUCCCUAAGCGAGAAAGCUUUUAUUUGGGAGACCUUGGUUGCGUCUGAAAUCAUUCACUGUUUACUAAACAGUCUGAUACUGUAUUUAGUCUGUCUCGUCAUUUUAUAGAACAAUCUUUAGUAUUUAAAAGCCUGUAUAGUGGGGCUUAAAUUAUUUCACAGCAUAAGAUACUGGAUAAAACGUGAAUAAGACCACAUUCAUGUUAUGUGUGGAAGGUGACACUGAGUGUUCACAUUAUGAGACACCUUAAAGCUGUGUGAUUGCAGAAUUGGUCGUGUGAGGGUUAAAAAAAAUACACAAGCUAUAUACAGUGUAUAAGGUGUUGGGCCACCACGUGCCACCAGGACAGCUUCAGUGCACCUUGAUUCUACAAGUCUCUGGAACUCUUCUGGAGGGAUGAACACCAUUCUUCCAAAAGAUAUUCCCUCAUUUGGUUUU